AUGGGAAAAAUCCCCAAGUUCUCCAAUGUCCACCUCAUCACGGGGCUGGCCACCAUCGGUGGCUUGAUCCAAGGGUUCGACGUGUCCAGCAUGUCUGCCAUCAUUGGUACGAAGCAGUACAAAUCCUACUUCCACAAUCCGAAUUCCGUGCUGCAGGGUGGAAUCACUGCCAGCAUGGCCGGCGGCUCCCUGCUGGGCUCCAUCUUUUCCACCUUCAUCAGCGACCGGUUCGGUCGGAGGGAUUCGCUCUUCGUUGCCUGCGUCAUUUGGAUCAUCGGGUCGACCUUGAUGUGUGCGGUUCAGAAUGUUGCCAUGUUGAUUGUUUCGCGCAUGAUCAAUGGCUUUGCUGUCCUGAUUAUGUACUAUGUGACCUACGGAACUUCUUUCCUCAAGGGAAAUAUCUCCUUCCGGCUUCCCUGGGGCCUGCAGAUGAUUCCGGCAGUGGUUCUCCUUGCGUGUCUGCCUUUUAUCCCACGCUCUCCUCGUUGGCUGGCCAGUAAGGACAGGUGGGACGAGGCGAUUGAGAUUCUCGCCAAUCUCCAUGCCCGGGGCAACAAAUUGGAUCCCAUUGUUGUUGCACAGGUCCGCGAGAUCCAGGAGAAAAUCGAGCUGGAACGCCAGAACAAAGACCUGUCAUGGCUCGAGCUGUUCAAGCCACGCAAUGUUGUUCGCGUCCACUGCGCCAUUUUCACCCAUAUAUGGUCGCAAUAUACCGGCACGAACGCCAUGAUGUAUUACAUCGUGUAUAUCUUCCAGAUGGCCGGUCUGACGGGCAACGCCACCCUUCUGGCGGCUUCGAUCCAAUGGCCUCGCCGCCGCUUGAUGAUGACGGGCUCUUUUCUCAUGGCCGUGCUGCUCUUCACGGAAGCUGGGCUCAUGGCAUCCUACGGCCAUGCCGUUCCAGGAGGCUUGAACGGCGUCUCGUCCGUUACGUGGCAGGUCACAAAUCCGCGAGCGUCGAAGGCAAUCAUCGCGUGUUCGUACUUGUUCAUUGCUGCAUAUGCACCAACAUGGGGGCUCUAUCCUGCCGAAAUCAUUCCCCUGUACAUUCGCAGCAAGGCCGUGUCCUUGGCGACAGCAUUCAACUGGGCUGGGAACUUUUCCCUCACAUUCUUCACGCCUCCUGGUUUCGAGAAUAUCCAAUGGAAGGUGUACUGUAUCUUCGGCACGUUCUGCCUCUCCGCCCUGAUCCACGUGUUCCUUCUAUUCCAGGAAACCCUGGGCAAGUCACUGGAGGAGAUGGACGACAUUUUCAACAACGAGUCCAUCUGGGCGUUCAAGGUCCGGAACAAACCGAGCCGGUUCGAAGCGGUCGUUGAGACUGCCAAGAAGGAGCUUAUUGGAGCAGGUGAAGGAGGUGUUGAGGCCAACAGGAUUGGGGAUUUGCCAAAGUCAGUGCCGGUGUGA